AUGGUUACCACUCCUAUUACAAAAGGACAGAAAGUUUUCAAGUUCCUGGUAUUCCCCUCUGAGGUAGGCGAAGCUCCUCCUCCCUGUGGUGUGAAAGGGAACUGCAGUGUCCCAACUCAGGUGCCUUUUCUGUCUAAGAAUCCAGUGAACCAGACAGCGAACAUCUCUGCAGCAUUCAUUCUCACCUUCUUCAUCAUCCUCUCAGACUGCACAGUUCUGGUCAGUGAUGGACGGCGCAUUGUUGGGGGGACGCUGGCGGCCAGUGACAGGUGGGGCUGGCAGGUCAGCAUGCACUGGAGAGGGAAGCACGUCUGUGGAGGGGCCAUCAUCUCCCCUCGCUGGGUCAUCACUGCAGCUCACUGCUUUGUUGAGAACAACAUGCUGGAAGUGGCUGCCUGGCUGGUGGUGGUGGACACAGUGAGCAUCGCAGACAGCUCUCUGGGGCAACGCUACAGGGCACUGCAGGUCCUCUACCACCCCCGCUUCAACACGUACAACAACGACUAUGACGUGGGCCUGCUGCGCACCGUCACUGACAUGCACAUGAGAGGUGGGGUGCGACCAGUCUGUUUACCCCGCCCGAGCGAGUCCUUUCCUCCUGGAGCAGCCUGUUGGAUCACAGGCUGGGGAUAUAUUCAUGAAGGAGGCUUUGUGUCAAAUGAGCUAAGGCAGGCACAGGUCAAGGUAAUAGCUCAGUCCGCCUGCUCCCACCCGAGUGCCUAUGGCGUGUACCUAACUCCCCGGAUGAUUUGUGCUGGCACCAUGGAGGGAGGGGUGGACUCAUGCCAGGGAGACAGUGGCGGACCCCUGGUCUGUGAGACAGCCAGUGGGGACUGGAGGCUGGCAGGGGUGGUGAGUUGGGGAGAGGGCUGUGGACGGCAAAAUAAACCAGGCGUCUACAGUAGAGUAACCGAAAUGAUCCACUGGGUUGAAAGAUAUAUAGAGGACAAACCAGAAAUGGAGGAGACCACCACAGCCAUCACUGACACUUACAACCGAGACACAUGACAAUAAAGACGCCAAUGACCUGCUUGUUUUUGUUGUUGGUUAUAAAAUGAACAAAGAUCACUACAAUAUUAUGGUAACAGGUUUAUAUAUAAAUUACAGAGGUAUCAGCUUAUGUCAGCUGUUAAGGAACAAGAAAUUGCAGUACAGUAAUGCCAAAUAUGUUUGAGCAGAGACAGUGUUGCAGAGGCUACAAUUUGAUCAAUGGCUUAAUGGAUUAAUUUGUAAGUACAAUAUCAACUGUGACAGGACCUCCAUCAUUCAUUUUGUUACCUGGUCUAAUAGAGGGACUUUGUGUCAAAAUAUAGUUUCAAGAUCCAAACUGUUUUAGUUUAU